CCGCCCCGUCCGUCUCUGCCCUGACGGGGCAGUUGGCUUCCAGGGCAGCCAUUGCCAUGGAGACCCCCAAGGCUAUAAAGUCAGGUAUCCAGGCGGGCGGCAGCUCCCACGCCGCCGAGCCCCCCAAGUAAGGAGCAAGCGCCCCGGCGUGGCCCGGCCCCCGCGAGAGGGGAGGAGGCGGAGGAACGGCGCCAGCAGCUUGAGGAGCGGCGCGCCCCGCCAGGGCUGGAGGCAGGCGUGCACGGCGGGCGCCACCGUCGCUGCGGGGGAGCGGGGGCUGCCCUGGGUGCGGGUGAGUGGCACGGCUCCAAACCACUAGGACUGAGGGGCGCCGGACACGGGGAAAGCGGCGGGAGAGCCGGGAGAGGGUCGAGACUCGGCUGCCGACAUCUGGUGGCGGGCCAGGAGCGGAGCCUGGAGUAGCGAGCAAUCAACACCUCCAGGCGGGAGGCCCGGGGAAGGAGCGGCGAGACGCCAGGCGUACGGCCCAGCAGCGGCGGGGCAGUCGGAGCCUCCGGGACACCUGAGUAGGAACCUCGGGACCGUCGGCUGCAGCCGCCCACGCGCGGAGGGAGAGGUAUCACAGCGCGGGCGGAGGCCGGUGCCCCGCGGGGCGCGAGAACAGGGGCGCCCCCGUGCGGAGCUGCCAGGCUGCCGGGGCGCGGCGGUCGGGGCCAUGCUCAAACCCAAGGACCUGUGUCCCCGAGCGGGGACGCGCACCUUCCUGGAGGCCAUGCAGGCGGGCAAAGUGCACUUGGCCCGCUUCGUGUUGGAUGCGCUGGACCGCAGCAUCAUCGACUGCCGAGCGGAGCAGGGCCGUACGCCGCUCAUGGUGGCCGUGGGGCUGCCGGACCCCGCUCUGCGCGCGCGCUUCGUGCGGCUGCUGCUUGAGCAGGGUGCUGCCGUGAACCUGCGGGACGAGCGCGGCCGCACCGCACUCAGCCUGGCGUGCGAGCGAGGCCACCUGGACGCCGUGCAGCUGCUAGUGCAGUUCAGUGGUGACCCCGAGGCGGCCGACUCUGCGGGCAACAGCCCGGUGAUGUGGGCGGCGGCCUGCGGCCACGGGGCAGUGCUCGAGUUCCUGGUGCGGUCCUUCCGCCGCCUAGGCCUGCGCCUCGACCGCACCAACCGUGCGGGGCUCACUGCGCUGCAACUGGCUGCCUCCCGCGGCCACGGGACCUGUGUGCAGGCCCUCACCGGGCCCUGGGGCCGCGCCGCCGCCGCAGCCGCGGCCCGGGGCUCCAACUCCGAUAGUCCCCCUGGCCACCCUGCCCCCGCGCCCAGCCCCGAGCGUCGACGACCCAGCCCCCGCCGCCUCCCGCGGCCUCUCCUGGCGCGCUUUGCGCGAGCGGCGGGCGGCCACGGCCACGGCGGCGAGGCUGGCUCAGCGGGCAAGAAUUCGGGCCGGCACCGGGCGCAGGGCAGUGAACGGCCCGAGCUGGGUCGGAGCAUGAGCCUGGCGCUGGGUGCGGUGACCGAGGAGGAGGCGGCCCGCCUGCGGGCUGGGGCCCUGAUGGCCCUACCAAACUCGCCCCAGUCUUCGGGGACUGGGCGGUGGCGCUCACAGGAGGUGCUGGAGGGAGCGCCCCCAACCUUAGUGCAAGCCCCCAUUGGCCUCAGCCCCCAUCCGGAGGGCGGCCCCGGCUCCGGCCGCCUGGGUUUGCGCCGACGCUCCACAGCCCCAGAUAUCCCCAGCCUGGUCGGUGAGGCGCCGGGGCCCGAGAGUGGCCCUGAGUUAGAGGCCAACGCUCUGCCUGUCUCGGUGCCUGGGCCGAACCCUUGGCAGGCGGGCACCGAGGCCGUGGUGCUGCGUGCUCAGCGGUAAACGGCGCCAAGGCCCGAGGCCUGCUUCCCCCACCCUCCCGUUUCUACUCCACUGGUAUUUCUUCCUUAUGGGUCCCUCACCUUUUCGGCAGCCGCCCCCCGCAGCCCAUUUUGGAACCUGCCUCUCUGCCAAGGCGAGACCUCCACCAGCCCUAAGGGACCUCCAUCUUUUUUUGUGCUCCUCGGUAUUCCCGGCCUAGGUCUAGAGGUGUCGAUUGACUGGUUCCGCAGGCUACAGCCAGGAAGGUGGAUUCCCCCUCCCCAGCCCUCAGGUUCAGUCCUGGGUCUGCCUAGCCACCUGUCGCUCCUCUCCGGCCCCCCUCCCCUCGCUGGGUUUCCUAACACCCGGGCAGCCAGGCAAAUAGAAGGGUCCACCUUGGAGAAUAAAGACCAAGCCUCCCCACUCUCUGCCUACAGAUGCUGAGAAUAAUCCCACAAACUACCAAAGUCUCCUUUCCCUCGAAGUGUGGGAGAAGGAAAGGACCGAGGGGGCCCUAGAGCCUUUCUGGACUGGAGGGUUGAGGAGGAAGGGGUCUGGCUGUUAUGUUUUUCUAGGGUAGAAACUCCUGCCUGAAGACAAUGAAACCGUAUUUUGGGAGUGGGAGAGUCCCUAGUGUUGAACACCAAUUGUCCCUUGAAUCAGCUCCUGGGUAACUCCAGCUCCCUCUGUCUCUGCCCCAGGAUUCAGCUUCAUUGAUAAUGUGGGGUCACUGCUCCACACAACCCCUACCCAGGCCAAAUCCGGGCUCCUGAGCCAGCCCGCUCUUCAGCGCGGGUGCAUUUGAAUUCCAUCAUCGAGGUUCAACACCUCACCCCUGGAGGCCCAAGCCCUAUUUCCGCAGGCUCACAGAGGCCUGAAAGGGAAAGGACUGAGCGCUUCCCCGCCUCCCAGCUCCCCCGUCCCGCACGUGGGUGCUCCCGCGGGGUGGAACGGUUGCGAAGGCUGUGCUUAAUUGUAUUUCUUCCAAUCCUCAAAGAACUCGUGUUUUAAGCCUUUGUAUAUGAAGCAGAAAGCAGCGGGUCUGAUUCCGAGGCUUAAGAGCCUGACAAUAUCUCUUUAAAUAGAAGCUCCGCGAGGGGGAUAAUUGACUGAAGUGUUUGCGACGUGAAACGGCGGCGCGCGGGAGUCGGGAGCCCACACGAGCCGCAGGCCCAGGUUUAAAUUACAUCAAACUCUGGCGAGAGCUGGAAGGGGCCUGUUAAACGGCUCCUGCUUCUCGCUGGGCCGUUAACGGAGGGCAGGGCGGAUGAUCGAUGCUGUAGGUAGAGACCCGGGACUCCUGCCUUGGUCCCACCGCGUGGGAAGCAGGCCGGCCCAGGUUUAUUAUUGGGCAGAUGAGUGAGUCAGAGGCCCUUUCCUCACAUUGCCCCCUGCCUGCUCGCCCCCACCCCUCUGCCCCGUGCUAGCCUAGCGAGGCGGCGGGGUUGGGGGCGGGGGUCCGGCGGGGCGCGUGCGCUAGGACCCUGCGGAAGUGCUAGCACGUGCGUCAGUGCGCCUGGCCCGCGGGGAGGCGGCAGGUGGGGCUGUUUCGUGAACCCUGAGGGUGGAACUUGAAGCCUUUCACCUGCCUGCAGUCGGGUCUUUGCAAGACGUCGAUCUGUUUGCCUUUGCGGUACGGAAGGUUUCUCGCCAGUAACCCCCAGGGAACUGCCCAGAGCGAGAAUGACUGUGCCGAGAUACUGCUGGGCCUGGCGGUGAGGGGUGGGGGCCCAGGAGUGGGCCUCGUGCAGGUGUCCGGACACCUACCCAGUCCUUGCACUCCGCAGCCCGCAUCCGCUAGGCCACGCAGGCCGGCGCACUGGACGUGAUCUCUGGUGCCCCCUGGUGGCAGCGUUGGGCCCUCCCCGCUGGGUCCCGGCUCGGAGCUCAGACACCUGGUUUUCUUUAGGAUCACCCCUGUGUACUUCUUCCUCCAUGUGCAUUUAUCGUGGAAUCCUCUUCCUCUUGUAGAAUAUUAAAUCCGGAUACUUGAAGUCACUUCACAGCAGUGAAGCGAGGGAACAAUGAACAAAACACUCGCAUCGAAAGUAGCAGGAGCCCAGACCCUUCACUAAGGACCCCAAGUUAAAUCUUCCAAGUUAAGGCUGCGUGUCCUGAGAGCUACUGCUCUCUUCCGAAAAGUCGGAGCUGCCAACCCUUCCCUUGGGACCUGCCGAUUAUGCAGUUUUUUCUGAUAUUUGCUGUGGUUUCUGAGGUAUUCUGCCCUCUCCCUCUCCUCUUCUCCCAAAACAUCUGCCUCUCCUCAGUCCCCCUGUCUGGGUGGUGGGUGCACAAUACCGAGUGCCUGAAAAGCCUGAGGGAGAGGGUCUGGGGUGGGGUGGGGACCACUGGACACCCCGAGUGCAAACUGCUGCUUUCUGACCCUUGCUUGCUCAUGUACUCCCUUUUCAACUGUGUUGAAUUUUAAUGACGUUUUUAGUGGUGUAGGAAUGCAAGUAUUUUGGCUCAACAGCAUGAAGUCUGGGUUACACAUUGUAUCAGAGGUGCUGUAAUCUUUCCAGUAUCUCUGAUAUGCGGCUUUCUGGUUGAAUGUCACCCUGGGCCCUCUUGACUGGAUAAACAACCAUGAGGGCUCUUCUCUGUGGAGCUGCCGAGAGCUUGGUGGUAGAAAGUGACGUUCCUAAACAACUGCAUCGUGUGUCUGACUGCCUUGCUGUCCGUACAGACUCCUUUCCAGGCCCGGCUCCGUGCAGAACUUCCACAUUUUUCUCCCCUGAAUUCCCUUUGUCAGCCCCAGGGUGUUGAGGCUGGGUCCUCUUUAGCAAUCUCUACCUUCAGAAGAGACUUUUCUAAAUCUUUUGCUUGUCCAAUUCUUGUUGCUUUUGUCAUUGUGAAGAGUCACCCAGGAUGCUGGCGCUCGGUACCCUAAGAUCAGAAGCGGUCUGUGUGUGAGCUGUGGGACAUACGCACACCCUUUCAGAGUGAUAUUGUGUGGUGGAAGGACUGUUAGAACUCAAAGAAUAGUUAAUAAAUCCAGUGUUAUUCCGUUG